AAUCCAUAAGGCGAUGCGAAGCGAAGUUAUUCUGUAUUUCCAAACCCGUUGCAGCUGAUCAAAUUCUCAGAUUUUGAUCUCUCAUUGCCUUCUUUUUCUCCUCUUUAAACUGGAAAUAAGCACACGCUGGAAUGCUACCACUCCUAGCUUACCAAGUGGUGACCCAAUACAACAGGCUCCAGGGAAAGCCCAUCACAGUGGGGCUCCUCGCCACUAAUACUCUUAUUCAUCUAAGGCCCGGUUUUCUUCGUUCUGUCAUCCCGUCCAUAGAUGAUGUCUGGUUUAAUGCGUAUCUCAUCCUCAAGUACAAAGACUUUAAGCGUUUUUUUCUAUCACCAUUCUACCAUGUGGGUGACUCACACCUUGUCUACAACAUGAUAUCUCUACUAUGGAAAGGCAUUCAAUUGGAAUCAUCAAUGGGCAGUACGAAAUUUGCCUCGAUGGUUGGCGCGUUACUCGUAAUGUCACAGGGAAUUACCUUGUUGCUUGUCAAAUUACUACUAUUCUUCAAUUACGAGAGGCCUUACUACCAUGAAUAUUCUGUCGGGUUUUCGGGUGUACUUUUUGCUAUGAAAGUUGUUCUUGGUUCUCAGUCUGAAAGCUACACUUACGUUCAUGGUGUAAGAGUACCAUCAAGUCAUGCUGCAUGGUUAGAACUAAUCCUUAUCCAAAUAGUUUCACCUGGUGUCUCAUUCCUUGGUCAUCUUGGUGGCAUACUUGCUGGUAUUCUCUUUUUACGUUUGAAGGGCAUGAAUUCGGGGUCGGAUCCAUUGGCCGUUCUUUUUAGAAGUGUUGGUCGAAUAUUGAGUCGUCCUCUUGGAUUUUUCUGUCGCUUGAAUCCAUUUCGGCAUCAUAGGAUUUUCGGAGGAGGAACCGUUGGUAGACGACAAACGAGUGUCGAUACAUGGAGGUGUCGAGCAUGUACAUUUGACAAUUCUUGCUUAUUACCCAGGUGCGAAAUGUGUGGGACGGAUCGGCAGGAUAGGGCGAUGCCUUCUCGUCGAUUAUCACAUCGUUUUGAUUUAACGCCAGAGGAACUGCGUCGGAGGAGGCUUGAAAGAUUUGGAUGAUGAUACAAUAUCACCAGGUAUUUGCUCUUAUUUGAAGGCACAGCAACUAUAUAUCUUGGUAAUGAAAAUGAUUUGGAGCAUGAAGCAUAUGUUGACUAACGUAGCAAUUUGAUUGAAUACAUAUGGAAUAGUCUUGUACAUAGGGAACGAAUUAAUAUACUUCGGGUCGUAUUUCUUUCUUUUUGACCUUACUUAUAAUCGUUGGAUAUAGAUUUAAAAAUA